CAGCAUAUUGUCAUCGGUGUGUUAGUGCCUGUUGCAGUGCUGUGUUGUGUGUUCGUUAACAUAUCGCCAAGAAACUUCAAUCAUGCAGACCUCAACGAUCGUAGUCCUCGCGUGCUUGGUUGCCGUAGUCGUUGCGCAGGCGCACCAAGAACCACGACCGGUGGACCCUGCACAAGAAGCUCUGUUCGACACUCCGGAGCACGACAGGAGCCCCAGGAAUAAGAGAGGUCUGCUGCUACUCAAGAAGAAGCUGUUACUCGGUGCUCUGGGCUUGAAAGCAGCGAAGGUCGGCGUUGGUGCUGGAGUAGUGGGCGCUCUCGCUCUGAAGGCGAAGGCCAGCUCCAAACCCUCAACAUCAUACUCGUACUCUAGCCAUCACGGUUGGUGAUUGACUGCACUGGGGAUUUUCUUAUAACGCAUCAAGUGUGUCUACGUUCUAAGAGAAACCUAGUAAUUUUGUAAAAUAGUAUUAAUUGUUAGGUUUUCAGAGGCUUCCAUGUGAUGGGUAUUUAGAUCAAAUUGUAUAUAUUUCACUCAAUCGUGACGUCAUUUCAUAUUGAACCUUUAUCCAACAACAAUACAUGCCAGUUUAGACUGCAAACACACUGCGAACGAUAGAAUAAUUUUCUGUGCAUACAGUUAUAUCAGAAAUAUCAGGGUACAUUUAUGUAUGUGUAUUAAAAAAUAGCUUAAUAGCUUUGAUGAAAUUCUAGUCCGUCGCAAAUUCGCAAACGACUAAUGUCCCCCGAGGCGAAACGUAAAUUCAACCUGACAUGUUAACUGUGUGCGUAAUCAAUGCCGUUUAAACAAAUGAAUUAUGUCAUAAAAGUUUGUUUUAAAAAUGGUAUGAGUGCUAUUCUUAAUAAUUAACUAACAUCAAAGCCAAAGUGACAUAAUUGAAUUCGCCAACAGAAGUGUACACGCACGGAAUAAUGUCCAAUAUAUGUUAUGUCAUCGACGUCACGUAGACUUGCAUUAUAUGCAAAUUACCUGUUACUUAUACCUAAGAUUUAAUAUAAGCACAGAUAUAAGUCAACGUCUGAAGGAAUGCCAUAGUAGAUAGUUCAGUAGGAUGUAUGUCUCACACAUAGCUAUAAACUUCCUGAAUGUUGAACACACCGACAUAUCAAAUAAUUUGAAUACAGAAUAAUGUGAACUCAGGAACUCCUUGGUCUUUACUAAGGAGUUCCGAAGUUCAUUCAAAACCUCCUUCAUGGCUUUUGUAUAUAAUGGUCCCGA